UCCGUCUCCCACUUCCUCUCCAUUCCCUGGUGCGCAUGCCUCAUACAGACGCCAAACACAAUCCCCUUCAUCCCGCAAUGCUUCAAUCCCCAGAGCUCAUCCCACGACCAGCUCGUCGGCGCCACGCUUGCCGGCCCUCGAGGACUGCAGCACAUGCUCUGCUUCUUUCACACCGAGGAUGAAGCGCAUUUGCAAGAUCACGAGCGUCCAAUUAUGCACGUGAGCUCUCUUUUUGCGCUGGGACAGGGGCUUUCUGGGUAUGAAGGCGUUUUGCACGGGGGCAUGAUGAUGACCAUGGUGGAUGAGGCGAUGGGAGUGCUGCACGAGAUUAAUCUUGCGCUGGGCAAGACUGGCGAGAUCUUUGCGUCUGCUAGCGUGACGGCUGGGCUUGAUAUCAAGUUUUUGAAGCCGGGGCCGAUUAAUGAGACGGUGUUGGUGAACGCGUGGGUGGACAGCGUGGACGGCAGGAAAACAAAGAUAAAGUGCGAAGUGAGAAAUGGAAAUGGAGUUGAGCUGGCACGAUGCUCGAGUACGUGGGUCUCAGUCAGGCCCAGGAUGUGA